AUGUCACUGUUUCUAACCUUUCUCCUUGUUUCAGGAUUAUGUUUAUCAUUUUCUACGUUCGGUAAUUCAAUUUCUAAUGGUGACAGAUUCUCUAAUGGCGGCCUUGUUGAAGCCUCCUGUCCAUUGGACUUUGAUGUUCUCAGAAGAUUAAUGAGCCAAGGCCCUUCAAGGCCUAUGUUUAUCGACAUGCCGACGCCAUGUCAAAGCAUUCUUCAAGCUAUCCGUUUGGUUCGUUCAGAGUAUCUCCGAAAUAAUGGUUACUUUCUUCCUCCUCCUGAAACUUCCGCGGCUUGUUGGGAAGCGUACAGAGACUUGGUUUCGGAGUUUCUUAAGGGUUUUGACAUCAAAACUGCUUGUGGGUACCAACCGGAAUGGAUUUCGGAGGCUUGCAUAAAUGUAACAUCUCUGGCACAGUUUGAAAGCCUGAUUCCUGAAUCUAAAUUGCUUGAGAUUAGACAUCAUUGUAACCAAUCUCUGGAGAACAGGUUUGCUUGUGGAUCAUGUAUCAGUAAGUUGUUGAGUCUCAGGGAAUUUUACCUUCAGGAUUCUGAAAGUGUGAAUGUCUCAGAUUGUUCAGGGUAUCCCUCUAUGUAUGCUGCUGGUAUUAUUAAUCAGUUUGGACCAACUGAUAGAGCAACCGCGAGUUGUUUGUUUUUUAUUCGGUUUUAUUCGGAACCAUCCAGGUUCAACCGGCGUAAGUUUGUCAUUUCUGGUGUUGUAUUAGGCUGUAUUAUUGGCAUCCUGGGGGCCUUAUCUGCAGUUUGGUUUAUUUGGAUUCGGACAAGGAGAUCGAAGGGGAAGAGGAAUAAUUCUCUUCACAGGGAGAACGACAUUUCUCCGAAUGAUGACACUAGUUUGGUCCUGGGGUCAGGUAGUAGAGGUACCAAUUUGGUGAAGUUCAAAAUUGAGGAAAUAAAAUCCGCCACAAUGAAUUUCUCCUGGAAGAACAUCAUUGGAAAAGGAGGAUAUGGGAAUGUUUACAAAGGGACAUUACCAGAUGGAACCGAAGUUGCAUUCAAAAGGUUCAAGAACUGUUCAGCAAUUGGUGAUGCAAACUUCAAACACGAGGUGGAAAUUAUAGCAAGUGUUAAGCAUGUAAAUCUUGUUACUUUGAGAGGCUAUUGCACUACAGCAAUUCCCAUGGGGGGUCACCAAAGAAUCAUUGUCUGUGAUCUCUUGCACAAUGGGAGCCUCUAUGACCAUCUUUUCGGAUCAGCAAUGAAGAAACUCAGCUGGCCUAUACGUCAGAAGAUCGCGCUAGGAACAGCUCGCGGAUUGGCCUAUCUACACUAUGGUGUGCAGCCUGCUAUAAUUCACAGAGAUAUAAAAUCCAGCAACAUACUUUUGGAUGAGACAUUCGAGCCAAAAGUUGCAGAUUUUGGCCUGGCCAAGAUCAAUCAUGAUGGAAUGACUCAUUUGACAACGAGAGUAGCCGGAACUCUCGGAUAUGUAUCUCCAGAGUAUGCAUUAUACGGAAAACUAACCACAAAAAGUGAUGUUUACAGUUACGGAGUAGUGUUGCUCGAACUUUUGAGUGGGAAAAAAGCAUGUGAAAUUAAAGAUGGAAAGACUCUGCUUUUGACAGAUUGGGCAUGGGGGCUAGUUAAAGAAGGUAGAACAAUGGAUGUUAUUGAAGACAACAUUCCUGAACUGGGGUUGCCUCAAAUUAUGGAACAAUAUGUCCUCACAGCCGUUCUUUGUGCUCAUCCAAUUUUACACGCCAGGCUAACAAUGGAGCAACUUGUCAAAAUAUUAGAAUCCAAUUUUUCAGUUUCUUCAGUUCUUAGAGCAUACGUUGAUUCUUCUUCUCCUUCUUCUAAUAGAGAACUCAUUAGUGUCAACUUUGUAUAG